AUGGAGACGAAUUUCUUCUCGGAUGACGGGACGCGUGAGAGGGCUGUAACAGCUGUGCGGUGGCAGGAGAUGCUGGUGGGGGCGAGUAGGAGGUUCGGGAAGGAGUUGGGUGUUGAGGAGAGGUGGACGGUGGGGAUGGAAGAGGCUGGGUUUGUGGGGGUUAAGGAGAUGGUUUAUAAGAUCCCCCUAUACGCAUGGCCAAAGGAUCCGCACAUGAAAGAGCUGGGCCGGUAUCAGGCAGCCUGCACGCAGGAGAUGUUGCAGUCGUAUUCGCUGGCGCUCUUUACGCGCGUGCUGGGCUGGAGUAAGGCGGAGCUAGACGCGUUGCUGGAACAGGUUGGGAAUGAUUUGAGGGAUCCGAAGAGUCAUUUGUACGCGAAGGUAAGAGUUGUGUACGGACAGAAGGGAGAGUCGGAGUAUAUGUGA